UUACGAAUCGUGGGUCGACUAUAUAAAAGCAUUUAUCACUCAAGAAAUUCCCUCAGUAGCUCGUGUCCAUAAUGUUCUGACCUUGUCAGAACUGAAACGAAAUUUUUUUUACGAAAAAGACGCAAUUUUUUUUAAAAGGCGGGAAAAAGAAAAAGUAAAUUGCAGAAAGAAUCAGUGUUUUUUUAUGUUUGAUAUUAUUUAGAAACAUUGUGUUUAGCGUUUUGUUGACGUGAAAAUGGUUAAUUUGUUCAUUAGGACGUGUCAAAUCGUGUCAAUAAUUGGAGUUCUUUUUAUUGAAAAUGCCUUCGGUCAAUUUCAAACGUCACCGCACAUUAUUGUCGUUAUGGCUGAUGAUUUGGGAUGGAAUGACGUUGGAUUUCAUGGCUCGAAUCAAAUUCCAACACCAAAUAUCGAUGCACUGGGAUAUAAUGGAAUAAUUUUAAAUCGUCACUAUGUUCUUUCGUCUUGUACUCCUUCGAGGGCGGCUUUCUUCACUGGAAAAUAUCCGCUGAGAAUGGGUAUGCAAGGUGGAGGAAUUAAGGGCGGAGAACCACGAGGUAUUCCUUUGGACGUUCCAAUUUUACCGGAGCAUUUAAAAGGAUUGGGAUAUGUAACGAGACUUAUUGGAAAAUGGCACGUAGGCUAUCAUACGCCCCAACACACCCCUAUUCACAGGGGUUUCGAUUCGUUUUUAGGAUUUUAUAAUAGCUACAUUAGUUAUUUUGAUUAUCGAUAUUCCCAAGGGAACAUGAGUGGUUUCGACUUGCAUCAAGGAGAUAUUCCAAGUUACGGUGUACAAGGCGAAUAUGCAACUGAUCUUUUCACAGAAGAGGCUCUGAGAAUAAUAGAUCAUCACGAUCCACAACGACCUUUAUAUCUACAGAUUUCACAUUUAGCCGUUCAUGCUCCACUCGAAGUGCCAUUAGAUCAUUUUAAUAAUAAGGAAUUUGCUCACAUUCGUGAAUCAAAUCGAAGAAAAUAUGCAAUGAUGGUUUCUCGAUUGGACGAUUCAAUUGGAAGAGUCGUUUCCUCUUUGGGUGACAAGGGAAUGCUGCAUGACUCAAUUAUUUUGUUUCUCACCGAUAAUGGCGCAGCUUCAAUUGGCGAAUUUCGAAACUGGGGUUCCAAUUAUCCUCUAAGAGGGACAAAAUACACAUUAUACGAAGGUGGUGUCAGGGGAACAGGGGUUCUUUGGUCGCCGAGAUUGCAAAAAAUGGCGGUUGUCUCGGAACAACUUGUUCACAUAACAGAUUGGCUCCCGACACUUUAUUCGGCAGCUGGUGGCAAUUUGAAAGAUUUGGGAAAUAUCGAUGGUGUCGAUCAAUGGCCAGUUCUCAGCGAAGGUCGAGGAUACGCUCGUGACUCAAUUGUUCUGAAUAUUGAUGAAGUCACGAAAACUGAGGGAGCAAUUUACAAUCGAUUUAAACUUGUUCGAGGUUCCGUGAAGCGGGGAUAUUAUGAUGGAUAUCAUGGAGAAUCGGGCAGAAAUCGUGAAGUUCCACUUUACAAUACAACAAGAAUUUUAAAAAGUGCUGUCUCGGGAAGUAUUUCCGCUCAUCUUGGAGGACCGGUCACGCAACCAAGUGCAAUGAUUAGUCUGAGAUUACAAGCGACUGUUCAGUGUUUUGCAAAUACGACUUAUUACUCGUAUCCAAUUCGUAACACUUUCGUCACCUGCAAUGAGACGGAAUGUCUUUUUGACAUCGUGAACGAUCCCUGCGAAACGAAGAACAUCGCUAAACAAUAUCCAAACAGAGUACAACAUUUGGAUAAACUAUUGGAAAAAUACGGACAACUUCUUCAGAAACAAAUGAGACAACCAAUCCAAUGGAUGGCGGAUCCAAGAAGAAAAAAUAACACUUGGGAGCCUUGGCUAUCGCCAAAUCAUAUGCUUUACGCGUACGCGAGUGCUGCAUCAAAAAUAAGCAUUUUGGCUUGUUUCGCACAUAUUGGAUUAGUUUUGAUAAUUAGUAUUUUUAGGAACUUUGUCUGACUAAAUAAUUAACGGCACUUGUCUUCUUAUCUUAAAAAAAACCGAACCAAAUAAUUAGACACAAAAAGAUCGAAAUUAUAAGAUUAAGUUAUAUUUUUAUUUAUCUGCUUAUUUAAAGCGGUUUAAAAUCAUUAUUUUGUACGUAAGAAAUAGGUUUUAAUUUUUUUUCGCGAUAAUUUCUCAUUUAUUUUUUUUGUAGUUUAGAAUUUAAAUAUUUAAAAAUAAAUAAUAUUUACAGUAUCAAAUUUCGAGAAAAAUAGUUUAGACUCAGUUUAGAAUAGUAGAUAAUUUAUAAUUUUUCGUGUGUGUAAAUUUAAGUUAAUAA